AUGGGAAAAGGCCGUAAGAUGUUUCGCAAGAAAGCCGCUUGGGUAACAUAUAAACUUGAUGAUAAUGAAGAAUUCUACCAACUUAAUAUUAAAGGAGAGCUCAUCAAGCAAGACAACAAGAUUCUCCCACAUCAUGUUGGUCCAAUCCAAAUUGGUAUAAAAGUAGAAACAUCCGAAGAUAUAUCAUCACCUAGUGAACCAGAAGCUGAAUUAAAAAAGGAUGAGUUACCUGUGGUGAAUAGGGACGAAAUUGAUAUCUUUUCAGAUAUACUGGACAGUCAUUUCCAAGAAUUUAAUAUUCAGCCGCAGCAUUUUAUGCAGAAUGAAGUGUUUUCUUCUAAGGGAACGAACUUUUGGGUAGCUGGUCUAGAUUACGAACCUCUCUUCUUCCUUUGA